UAGUAUUGAAUAGAAUUUGUUUUAGGUUCCAUCUCUAUCUCAGAUUCUGAAUUUGCAAAUCGACAUGGCCAACACUCCAGCCACCUCCUCUGCCGGACCCGUGCUCCGUGGCCUCCACAAUGCCACCAUCAAGCGCAACCUGGCCGUUUCCCUGGGCCUGACCGCCGUGGUGACCAUCGCCUACAAAAUUCUGGUCAACGAUCCCAAGAAGGCCGCCUACGCCGACUUCUACUCGAAGUACGAUGCCAACAAGUCCUUCGAGCGCAUGAAGGCCGCCGGUCGUUUCCAGUCCUGCUAGGCUAUGUUAUCCCAAAACACAAGUAGUCUAAGUCAAAUGAUGUUGUAGAACAAGAGUUGCGCUUCUGUAUUGAAAACUAAAUAGAUUUCAGUCUACGUACGUGCACGAAGGCGUUUUAAUUUAGAGCUAUCUUGUAUUGCCAGCAAAAGUAAAUGUGAAGGC